CAGGAUUCAGACUUAUCCCAAAUCAAUAUCCCCUCUCUCAAUCCUGGCUUAUCCCAAAUUAAUUUAUCUUGUGUUGCAAAUUCUACUCCAUACUAAAAAAAAAGAAGCUUCAUAAUAUCAAUCAAUUCCUAUGGCGGCAGCAUCCACUGCUUUGCUAUCUACGCCGAUCUUCCGAAGCGGCGGGAGGAGUAAGUCCAUCUCUGACAUCUCCUCAUCCAGAUCCAUCAUCAACUUCAACUCGAGGAGAGAGAAGAGGCGGCCGCGCAGCAACGGAGUCGCCGUCGUCAAGGCGGAGCUGAAUCCGCAGGUGGUGAUCAGCCUGAGCACAGGACUGUCGCUGUUCAUGGGAAGGUUCGUGUUCUUCAACUUUCAGAGGGAAAACGCGGCGAAGCAGGGGCUGCCGGAGCAGAACGGGGUGUCGCACUUCGAGGCAGGGGAUAGGCGAGCGAAGGAGUAUCUGAGUCUGCUGAAAUCGAACGAUCCGGUAGGGUUCAACAUUGUGGAUGUUCUCUCCUGGGGAUCCAUUGGUCAUAUUAUUGCUUAUUCCAUCCUUGCCACUUCUUCCAAUGGUUACGAUCCAAACUUCUUCGGCUGAUCAUCUUUUAAUUCUUCGUGUGAUGUUGAUAAUCAUCAUUCUAAGAAUGUAAUGAUAUUUUUAUAAUUAGUUAUGUUUCAUUCUCGCUUAUAAUAUGGCAUUUACGUUCAAUAAAAAAUCAAUUAGUUAAUUAAUCGACGCAUCCUUUAACCUAUACCAGGUACUUUGUACUUCAAAAUUUAAAAAUAAUGAUGAAUUUAUGACUAA